UAAGACUCUAGACUCCAGUAUUAAUACACAAACAAAAAUCCAACUACAGAUUACAAGUAAUACCCAAGCCCAGGCGCUCGCCCCUCAAAAACUGGAAAAACGCGCUUCGCGUUCUCAUUCUCAUUCCGCGAACCUCAAAAUUCCACUUUGUCGUAAUCAUUGCAACACAAUUGCAACAACAGACCUAUGAAUAUGCGCCCAAAUGGCUCCUAGCAAACAACAUCGAUACGAUAGCUCGCCUUCACCACGCGCAAGAGGGAAUUUUAGUGCAAAUGAUAAUAAUACGGGGUCUGAUGGCGUGGGAUGGGGAGCCAGGGCGGCGAGGACGCCUGUGGAUAAUUGGAUAAAGAGAAUCUUGGACGACGAUGGUAAUGAUGGGGAGGAUCCCAGUGUGGAUAUUGAGGGUGUUACAAGGGACAUUGGAAAAUUGAGAGAGGAGGAAGCUAAUGGGACUGGUAGAGGUUGGGAUACGGAUCUUGAGUUUACCACUAGAAGUAUGGAUUUUAAUCACAGUCCGCGAUUGAAAACGGCUGGUAUACCGAGUAGGAUUGAGGAGAUUAUGGAGAAUGAGAGAAGUUUUGCCGAGGACGAUGUUGAGGAAGAGGAAGAUGGAGAAGCAAACGCUGUCAAAGCUCGGGAAGAGCCGGCGAGGAAAGAUAAAUUCGUCGUUAAACCUGAGAGUCAGAAAUUGUCGCAGACAGCAGGGGACGAGACUGGGAUAAGGGAGACAGUUCGUGCUAAAUCACAAGAACGAAGAGAUCGUUUGCGAAAGGAAUUGAAACAACGUCGCGAGGAGCGGAGACCAAUCACUUCAUAUGAGACUGAGGAUAAUAAGAUUUCGCAGGAAAGACAGGAAGGAGUAUUGCGGAAUAGGUUACCCAGGGAACGAAGAGCACGAAGUGGUGACUUUUCUAGGAACGAUCCAGUUCAUGUCGAGAUUCCCAUACGCAGUCUGCGUAAUAAUAAAGAGAAUGUCAUGCCGCGGGAAGAGAAACCUCUGUCGCGGUUAGAAAGAAGGUUCCAGGGGCAAGACGGUCUCAAAGCGAUACAGAGAGCUCGCGAAAACAGAUUAAGACACGACCACAACCAGAGAGUUCCAGAAGAUAAUGAAACACGACUAAGGAUCGAAAACAGCCGGACGGCGUUAGAAAAUCUUGAGCCACGGUCGUUUGAACGAGCUGAGAACAACGGCGAAAUAGGUCAAAUGCACGAAAAGACAAUACUGGAGGAAGAAGGAGAGGUAAUACAUGGAACUCCUAUUACAGUAUUCAGCGGGAACGAGAGGCGCCCGAAUGGACCAAAUUCCAAACAGGAAGAUUCUCUUCAGAUUUUAAGGAAUCUCUCCAAAGCUAUUACAGGUACAAAUGGGAGCGGCGGCGACAGUACCGGUAGAUCUGAUAAUGAUCCGCAAGCUCGAAUAUUAGCAGAAAGAUCCCCAUUCGAGCUCGAGCAUGCCUCCGAAAAGUUUGCGAAUUCAGCACCAACUCCACCUCCAUCCGCACCCAUCGACCCACUCCUGUUGCCCACCCCAAAAGUUACAGGCGGGUGGAUCGAGACCCCCGCACCACCGCGAAUGCGCACCAAUGAUACAACCCUCAAAGAGGAACCUUCGUCACCCCGCCGCAACAGUGAGCUCUCCAAAUCCUCCCAAUCACAUUCACAUUCACGAACUCGUCCAACUCCAAUAAACAGUGCUCCCACCGUUUCAGCCGCCGCCGAUCUCCAGCGUAUAGAAAAGGAAGCGCGGGUGGACGACUCUACUACUAUCGACCGGGAUUUCUCCUUAUUUUUAACGAAUCAGCCUACAUCUCCGGCGCCCGACACUAUAGAGAUCAAUCUCGAAACAGAUGAGAGCGGCAAACCACUCUCUCAUGAAGAGAAGAGAAAAAGGUUAGAUGAACUUGCAUUCCAUCGUAUGAAUCGAAGUUUAAAACAUACAACAAGCAGUAUACGUGAUGCCAGACAUGGUAUUGAAAGGUUGGAGCAACAAGUUGCAUCUUCGGGUUCACAUUCGCAUUCCCCAAGAGAACUCGGUAUUCCGACCCAAAAGACUUUAUCCCGUCCCUUCUUCCUCGACAGUCCUCCAGACCCCGUUCUAAACCCAAAUGUACACUACCUCAUGAUUCCCAUUCCACGCCUCCGCUAUCCUGGAACCAAAAAAUUCACGUGGUUCGGUUUAUUUUUCACAAUAUUCAUAACUUGGUUUGUAGCCGAAUGGGCAAUGUGUGAAACGUAUUGUCACCCUAAGUACUCGAAUAAAGAUAUUUGGCACCCUUCGGAUCCGUUCUGGCCAUGGGCUAUUCCGACAAAACUCGAUCAGUGGACGGGAAAGGUGGUUAGUGCGCGAAUGGAAGAUGUUUGGGAUUGGUGGCAGGGAUAUGAUGAAGAGAUAAGGAUUUGGAAGGAGGAGAUGGCCAAGAGGCAAGAGAUAAAAAUGCCUAAGAUUGUAGAGGUAGGAAAUGAUGAAGAGGUGGUAGAUAAGAGCUGGACUAAAGGCAGUGGAGAUAAAGGAGGAAGCAGUUGGUGGAAUUGGGAUAACGAUGAGGCUGUGUAGUGUUGCAUCGGUAUAUUAUAGCAUAGCGUACAGAGCGUGCUUGGAUCAGUGGAUGGAUACUUAGUUGGGUUUUAAAAGAUGGAAUAUUCAUGAUGGAGUUUAGGGGUUUGCCAUAUCGGAUUCAUGGAUUGGACUUGCAUUGUAUUGUGCACAUGCAUUAUUUUUCGGAUGGAUGGGAUACCUGACAUGAGAUUCUUCGAUUUGCAUGGUGUAAUUAGGUUGGCUAGGUGUUUGGCGUGCGUGGUAUUCAUGCUCGGGUGAGCUGGUGCAUUGGAUUGGAUUGGAUGCGUUUGGGAAUGGGAAUGGGGAUGGAAUUGGGAUUGGGAAUGAAUUGAGUUGAAUAGUCGAGUACAUAUAUAUUCCUCGUAUAAAUGUCUUUUCCCAGCCG